UCACAGCCAUCAGCUUCACACAGUUCUCCGACGGGCGAGUUUUGUCGCCUCCCUCCGUGUGAAGUGGGCCGGCCCCUGCUUGAAACUCCUCUUACUUUGAAGUUCGCAAGUUGUCCAACUUUUUCCGCGGCCGGCACUUCAGUGGCACUUUCUUGAUUAGGUUUAGGCGCUCCGUUCUGUUACACGAUGUCUUGGAUCUGACCUGGGAUCAUAUUGACGCGCGAUGGCUCCUUUUGGAAAAAACUUUCUGAAGGCGCGUUUGAAGAACAGGUCUAAGGUUGUAGAGGAAACAACACCAGGCAAGGAAAUCCAGGUGCUUGUGUGUCGAGAAGAAAAGGUAGUCUGUGGCGUGACCAAGCACACAACCUGCGCAGAUGUAGUCAAGGCUUUAUUGGAGGACCACCAGACAUUACCCGAGAGUAAGAGGCUAUUACAUGGGGAACCUAAAGACUUCUGCAUCCUGGAAAGGUGGAAGGGCUUUGAGAGAGCACUGCCACCUCUCACUCGAAUUCUCAGACUAUGGAACGCUUGGGGCGACGAGAGACCUUUUAUACAGUUUGUCCUCAUGAAGAUCAGUGAUUUUGUGCCGUCAUCCAAAGGAGCCAAAAGAGCCUCUAAGUCUCGCGGAGCGAGGUCUAAAAGAUGGGAGCAAGGACCUGCACAGUACGCCAAGACUGUGUCUGCAGAGAAGCAGAAGCGCAUGGUGAAGAAGGCCUUCCGCAAAUUGGAGAAGAUCCAGAACGCUGAGACAUCAGAGGGAUCAGAAGAGAUAAGUAAGCUGGUGCAGUUGAUCAUCUCACAGGACCAGACCAUCCGGCAGCAGAUUCAUCAAAUGCGUGAGAUUGACUUGGAGAUUGAACAUGCAGAGAAACAGCUGACGAACAGCCCCACGCCUCGCUCCAGCAUCACAGAGAGUGACGACGGCCAGUCGUUGUCCCAACUUGACAGCCAGCUUCAGGAGUAUCUAUACACCAGUGAUGGACUCGAACAACUAGAACUACACGUUUGCAGGCACCAAGAACUCAUAGAUCAGCUUUCUCAAGAUAUUGACCUGGAGCUGAGGAACUGGACUUCAGAUUUAGAGGACUUGAAAGGCGCAGCAGCUGCAAGUCCAGAGCUAGAGCUGGAACCUAACCUCUCGCUGUCCUCAUCAGAUCUCCUAGAAUUGGAAAGCUUACGCAGUGAACUUCAGUCAAGCAUGAGAGCUGGGCUUUCCCUACAUGCACAAACGCAGGAAAUCGAGAAGGAACUACAGCGGAACAAAACAGCCAUGCAGUCCCAGAAUCAAGAAUACCAGCAUUUAGUUGCCCAACUCAGUGCACUUGAGUUGGGGGCCUGUCCAGACCAGCCUAGCCCAGUAUCUCUGAAGAGCCAGAUCAGGGCCACGGUCUCUCAGCAGACAGCAGGCAAGGUCAAACUGACAUGCUCCCCUACAGAUGCGACAGACACGGACUCGGACACUGGAAUAAGCUCUACUCACAGUCAGGACUCGCUGUCUCCCUGUAUGGACAGGUCGCCUCCUCUGGAUACUGAUGUUUAAAGUCUAAACUAACCAAUUGUAUUUUUAAAACAAUGUAUUUUAAGACUCCAACAAGGAAACACACCGUAUUUCACUCAGAAAUUCUGUCAUGGUUUACUCAUUCUGUGUGAAUGACGAUGAAUCACAAAAGAUAUUUUGAAGCAUGUUGGCAACCAAACAGCUUUGGUCACCAUUGAUUUCCAUUGUAUAGACACACUGAGACAUUUUUCAGAAUGUCUUCUUUUGUCUUACCAAACAAAGAAAGGCGUAUAAUACAAUAUGAGGGGAAGUAAAUGAUGACAGAAUUUUUUAUUUUUAUUAUUUGCUGAACUGCACCUAUAACCUCUAUUGUGCUGUUACAGUUUUACUAUAUGUGAUGCUGGACCACAAAACCAGUCUUUAGUAGCACAAGUAUUUUUGUAGCAAUAGCCAAAAAUACAUUGUAUGGGUCAAAAUGAUUAAAAAUCAUUAGGAUAUUAAGUAAAGAUCAUGUUCCAUGAAGACAUUUUGUAAAUUUCCAACCGUAAAUAUAUCAAAACUUAAUUUUUGAUUAGCAAUAUGCAUUGCUAAGAACCUCAAUAUUUAGAUUUUUUUGCACCCUCAGAUAUUCAAAUACUUGAAUCCCAGCCAAAUAUUUCAAUAUCCUAGCAAAUCAUACAGUGGAAAGUUUAUUUAUUCAGCUUUCAGAUGAUGUAUAAAUCUCAGUUUCAAAAAAUUGACCCUUAUGACUGGUUUUGUGGUCCAGGGUAACAUAUAGAUAUUGAUGCAUACAUGAACUGCGUGAAUUCAUGUUUAUCAUCUUGUUUUUUUCUCUUUAUUAGAAUUCAUAUGCACUUGGAGUCUAAACUAAUUAUGUAAAAUAACUAAAAAAACAUUAUCAAUAAGCUGAAAAAUAUUUAAUUAUGGAUUUCAUUCAUUUUUGUUAAAUCACCCCUUUUAUUUUAAAUCCUGCUGAUAUUUAUUAAGCUCAUAUUUUCACAAUUUGAAAUGUUUUGUUCACCUAAAUAAGUUUAAUUAUAUAUAUAUUGUCAAUACCAUUUUUAAAGAAAAAAAUAUAUGAAAUGAAUUAAAAUAUUUUAAUGUACUCUGUAAAUAUCAAGCUAGCUAGAUGAAAGAACUUAAAAUUGUUUUAUAUUAAAACAAAUAUAGACUUUGUAUAUAAGCUUUACUUUUUAACCUGUUUCUUUUUUUAAAAAUGUACAGUAUGAACAGGUGACUGCACAAAUUGCAAACUAUAGAGAUAAAAGUUAUCACAUAUGCAUAAAUUAUUUGUUUUAUUUUGAUCUGAAUUCAAAUUCAUUUGCAGCUUGAAGCCUUUUUAGCAUAGCAAUUUCUCUCAGUGCUUUUGCGACGCAAGAUGUGUUAUCAACUGUAGUUUGUAGACUGUGACUCAUGUUCCUUUCACAGCUAAAGUGGGUUGAGACAGCACUCGCUGAAAGAAUCCAUUCUGACGCUAAUACAAACACAAGUAAGGAAUAUUUGAAUUCUAAUGGGAAAACCUUUGUAGAUUUCUUCAGUCAGUGCCAGGAAAGAGACAUUCGAGCCCUUUGCUUCAAGUAAUUGCCUCAUCCUUUCUUUAAAACCUGCGAACAGCAGAGACUUAGCAGCCCUAUUAGACUGCGGUCUCAUUGCUUCAUUGAAUUAAUGCAGGGUCUUUAAUGCCAAGUUCCUGAAGGGUAACAACGUGUUACGCCGUCGUCAUUCAGCGUGACUCAUAACAAAUGGGAUUUUAAAGAAGGCUCCAUUUUGUAAUGCAAAACAAAUGGGUUUUAAAAACUUGCAUUAUGCAGCAGGCCUUGAUAUUCAGAGGGUGUUAAUGAAGCCUUGCUUCAUUGGCUCCUUCAGAGUGCCGGCUUCGCGCUGAGAUAAUAACCAAAUUCCCCUUCAUUGGCUCUGAUCCCACACAGCACCCCCUGCAGGGUGUUGGCAAUACAAAGUCCGAAGGCUCUUUAAUGUCUCCACUGUCAGCGUCGUGACUUGUUUACCUCCACUGUCAGUUCAGGAGGAGCCAAAGAGCUGCCAGGACUCUGUCGUGGCCGUAAUUUCCUGUGUGAAAAUGGCAAUUACUGACUUUUAUCUCUCACUACUGCUGCGGUAGUAUUUCCAGCACUAACAAUUACACCGGCCAAUUCUUGUAAACAGUCCUUUUAGAUUGUGUCAGGACAGCUCCCCCAUGUUGAACUUUCAAUUACGAACACUUGUGCAUCCUCACAGAAUGAAAACGCAGAAGAUGAGUGGCAUAAAAAGGGAUGAGGAAUGGACUUGCAAGGCCGUCGUGUAAGAAGACACUUGUAUUUUCUUUCACUAGAUCAAGGAACCUGUCCUACUGAACUUUUUACAUUUCAUAAACACAAGAUUUAGUUUUUGAUCCAGCAAGCGAUUGGAUCAUCUUGAGACAAAAUAAUGUCGCCUGCAUGCUGUAAUCUUCAAAAACAAGAGUCACAUUAUCUUGUCAGUUUGCCUUGACAUUUCCUGGAUGGGCUUUUUGUGACUUGUAUGUUAAUGUUUUUCUCAUACAUACCAAUAAGUUUUGAACUUGUACCAAAAAGCAAAUAAACUAAUUUUAGGAUCUCUGUUA